CCGACGCCGCGUUACGUUAAUCUGCAUUCAUCAAAGUAUUGUUUACAUCAUAUCGAGAUCGGGGGAACUUUAAUGGAAAAAUACAAUGGCCAAGAGUCAAGACGCAUGUUAUAUCUCUCUACUCGGCCUUGCAGAAUAUUUUAGAACAUCGAAUCCACCAAAUAUUAAAAAGUGCUUGCAAUGUUUACAAGCGUUAUUUACAUUCAAACCCGUUCCACCGAAAAUGGAGGCUCGGACCCAUCUUCAAAUCGGACAAGUUCUGAUGGGCUACACGAAAAAUAUUGACUUGGCCAGGAGUCACCUGGAACAGGCGUGGAAACUUUCGGAGAACAAAAUUACUUUCGACGAUGUUAAGUUCGACAUUGCUAGUCUACUGGCACAAUUGUAUCAGCAACAAGAUCAAAACAUUUUAGCCAAGCCAAUCUUACGAAAGGCUAUUGAACUGUCACAGCACAAUCAACAUUGGCACUGUAAAUUACUUUUUCAACUGGCCCAAAUUCAUGCCAUUGAUAAGGAGUACAGUGUUGCAUCUGAAUUGCUUGCUGUGGGUGUUGAAUCGACGCAUGAGACGAAUGCAACUUACCUGAAAGUACUGUUUCUACUGAGCAGAGCCAUGAUUUUAAUGAUCGAACGGAAAAAUAAUGACGUCCUGGCGAUACUACACCAGGCUAGUGCUAUCAUUGACAAUUCAAUUCAGAGCACUCACUUAAAGGAGUACUUAAAGGUUUUCUUUCUGGUGCUGCAGGUCUGGCAUUACUUGUCACUAGGUCAGGUAAAAACUGCAAAGCCGUGUUUGAAACUACUACAACAAAGCAUACAGACAAUAAUGGCGCCCAACUGGCCAUCAGACGAAGUUAUUUUUAGUCAACAAAAUAUGGACAUUUUCAUUUGGUUACCCAAGGAGCAGUUGUACGUUCUUGUGUAUUUAGUCACCGUUUCGCAUUCAAUGAUGGCUGGAUACAUGGACAAAGCAUUAAAAUACACCGACAAAGCUCUGACACAGAUCGAAAAGCUCAAAGUUCAAGAAGACAAGCCCAUUCUAUCCGUAUUUCAAAUCAUUCUGCUGGAACAUAUAGCAAUGUGUCGACUAGUCAUGGGCAACAAAUCCAUGGCCAUAAAAGAGAUCUCAAUGGCGAGGGAUGUUUGCCUAGCAUCGUCGAAUAAAGUUUUGAUGAAGAAACACUCGUCCCAGUUGCACUGUCUGCUCGGAUUGUAUGCCAUGUCGACGAAUUACUUUGAGGAAGCGGAAAAGCAGUUUCAAGCCUGCAUUCAAGACACAAAUGAGCGCGAUUUGAAAUUGUUUGCUAUCCUAAAUUUAGCUAUUGUUUACCUACGUACUAAACGAGAAAAUGACUUGACGGCCAUUCUUAAUACGGUAUCCAACGAAUCGCAGUCAUCGAGCAGUCAGGCCUUGAUGGGAGGCUUUUAUUACGUUCAAGGAUUAAAUUCGUUUCACAAGAGCAGCUUUCAUGAAGCAAAGCGAUUCCUGCGUGAAACUUUAAAGAUGGCUAAUGCUGAAGAUCUUAAUCGACUGACAUCUUGUUCGUUGGUUUUACUGAGUCAUGUCUUUCUAAGCAUCGGAAAUUCGAAGGAAAGUAUGAACAUGGUAACGCCUGCAAUGCAAUUGGCAUCCAAAAUUCCAGAUAUUCAUGUACAGUUGUGGGGAAGUGCCAUUUUGAAAGAUUUACAUCGUAUGUCGAAGGACGUUAAUCAGGAGACGGAGGCGUAUAACAAUCACCUGGCCUUUUCAAAAAGCUUGCUAGACCAAUUUAAGUGUACCAAAUUUACUGAACAUUCUCUGAUUUAUUGGUACAGUGACGAUCAACCGACCAUUAUGGAAGGCCCAUCAACUGUACCUACAGUCUCAACAGUACCUAACUUUAUGUGACAGUCCGACAUCAGAAUAAAAGCAAUUUAAAAUCCGA